GCGAUCGCACGUACGACUUUAUCAACACACUUUAGCGUCCACAAACUAAAUUAACUUCGAAAAUUUAACAGAAAAAAAUGGAAAGCAACAAAGACAACAGUUUCCCGUUUAAAAUAGAGGAUGUGCCUAAAGAGCAAGCCGAAGAACUUAUGAAGUACUUUCACGGUGAGCUAACCGGUUUCGUAAAAGUAGGACCAAAGGGAUAUUUCUUUCCACAUAGAUAUAAACAAGAAGCUGCUGAUAUCUACAACAUGCCAGUUAGGUCUACCGAUGUAUUCAUCAAUAGUUAUCCAAGAUCCGGGACAACGUGGACACAAGAAUUAGUAUGGAUGGUAGCCAAUGAUUUAGACUAUGCCAAAUCAAAUGAAAUACCGCUGGCAGAACGAUAUCCGUUUUUAGAAUUUUGCAUGUGCGUCCAUCCAGUAAUGAAGGAACGUUUUAAGGCCGAGAACAGUCAUGACGAAAGGAAGUCAAAACUGCUGGAAAUUGUGACGCAACGAGGGACAGUGCAGCUGGCAUCCACGCCCUCCCCGAGGUUCGUGAAGACCCAUCUGCCGAUGUCUCUGCUGCCCCCCACCUUGCUAGACACCGGCAGGGUCGUAUACGUGGCAAGAGACCCCAGGGACGUGGUCGUGUCGUUCUACCAUCUAAAUAAACUUAUGAGAACGCAAGGAUACGUCGGGGAUCUAAAGACAUUUUGGAACUUCUUUAUUAGAGAUUUACAUCAUUGGACGCCUUAUUUUGAACACCUGAAGGAAGCUUGGGAGAAACGACAUCACCCUCGGUUGCUCUUCUUGUUUUACGAAGAACUUGCAAAGGAUUUACCGGCAGCAAUUCGUCGGGUCGCUAAAUUUCUAGGCAAAGAAUAUAGCGCCGAGGAGAUCGCUGGAUUAUGCGACCAUCUCAGCAUAGAUAAUUUCAAGAACAACAGAUCUGUAAACCAAGACGACAUGAAGGACCUCGGCAUUUCAGUGAGUGGAGAAAAUUCUUUCAUCAGAAAAGGUAAAGCAGGAGGAUGGCGCGACCACUUUGAUGAAGAAAUGACCCUUCAGGCCGAACAGUGGAUGGCCGAUAACCUACGUGAUACGGAUUUGCGCUUCCCACACUUGAACAACGAAUUAAAAUAAUGGAUCGCCAAUAAAAAGAAUUUAAAGAGUGUGAUAAUCAUUUAUUUGAAUAAAAUGCUAUAUUUUAGUAUUUCUUUGUAACACCAUGAUAUUUAAGUUUACAUAGACAUAUCAAGCUAAUAAGAAUCGAGUAAACAAUUUCCUUC